AUGGGAUCGCGCAACCCCGAGACAAAGGCCAAGGCCAAGGGUAACAAGGUCCUCAAGGGCAAGGAGGCCAUUCAAGAGGAUCGCAAGGCUAAGAAGGUCGACAAAGCGGAGAAACGUGCUCAGAAGGAGGCCAAGGCCACUGCUGAGGUUAAGAAGGCCUCUGAUGUUAAGAAGGACAAGUAUGGACCAAAGCGAGUUGUCAAUGACGCAAAGAAGCAAAAGCUCAAGCUCCGCGCCGAUAAGCUAGAAAAGAAGGCAGCUGCGCUGCUCAUUGAGGCUAAGAAAGCCGCUGCUCAGUACCAAGCUCUUCUCGAUGCCGAGAAGAAUGCGGCCGAGUCCAAGUCUGAGGAGAGUGAUGACCAGAACAUGGAAGAUGCUGAUGUCAACGAGGACGACAGUUCUUCCGACUCCGAUAGUUCUUCUGAAUCCGACACUUCAGAGGCUUCCGAUGCCUCUGAGAACAAGGGUGGUGCCCCUGUCGAGAAGCAGCCUACCGAAGUCCCCGCCGACGUUCCCGCCGAUGAGAUCGUCAUGAAGCACCGUCGAUUGAGUAACGCCGGCUCCGAGCGAAGCCGCAUCUCCGCCGCCGAUGUCCCUGCGGGAGCAGAGGAGCCUGAAAAGCCCAAGAAGGAGAAAAAGGAUAAGAAGGGAAAGAAAGAGAAGAAAGUGAGGGUCGUCGAGCCCGAGGAGGUGAAGGAAGAGGCUGUCGAAUCUGAAUCCGAGGACGAGGAGCCUAAGGUUUCAGAGAAGAAGGCGAAGAAAGACAAGAAGGAGAAGAAGGACAAGGCCGAGAAGAAGCGCAAGCGAGCGGCCGAGUCCGAGUCCAAGUCCAAGUCCAAAGCCAAGGACUCUGAAGAGCCCGCUGCUCAGGCUGAGAAAUGGCAAGUCGACGAUCUCGAAGGCGGUUCUGCUAGACAGGCCAAGUUCCUACGUCUGUUGGGAGGCAAGAAGGCCGGUGCUACUGCCCCUGCCGCUCAUGGCUCCAAGGGCGCUUCUGAUUCCACCAAGGCCGAAGCCGAUAUCCAGAGGCAAUUUGAGGCUGGCAUGAAGAUGAAGAACGAGGGUGGAAGCAAGCGUCGUGGUCUUGGCGCGUAA